AUGAUUCUUGUAGAAGAGCAGCUUGGUCUUAACCAAUGUGUUGUGACUGCUCAUAAUCUUGAGCAUGCAACUGAAGACAUUCUUCGUUUUUCCUCACCUGAUAAUUACUGGUGUGAAGUUUAUGAGAGGGCUGUUUCCCAAUUUAUUGCCACUUCAUCGAAUAAAAAGAACAUUGAACUCACUUUUGCAAAGAGUGAAGCAAGAAGGGAACUCUUAAAAAGCUUCAAGUGCAAGAUUUAUCCACCAACGAAUACAAGUUCGAGAAAGUGCAACAAAAUGAAAGGUUGUGCAAGCAGCAUAUCUGAAGCACAAAAACUCCUUGCAGAGCUACUUUCCAAGUCACAAAAUGUCGACAGUGGAAUCCUAAUUGGUAAACAAGAACGCAAUGAUUUAAAAUUAUCAAGCCACGAGAAGGAUCUUAUCCAAAAACACUAUCCCGAAGCUCAGAGAAUUGAGACUGAGGGUCUUAUUUUUCCUCGCUUGUUGAAAUUGUGCCCUGGUGUUGAUAAUAUCGUUUACAGGGCUGGUGAAAAUGUCAUUGUCAAUGUUGACAAUGAAAGUGAAGCUGUUCUACAAGUCGAUGCUUUCAUUUGUGGUGUAAUUGAUAACCAAUUUCACAGCUUUCUAAGGGGCAACUUUUUUGCGGAUAAGGAAGAUGACAAUGGAAACCCGGAAACUUGUUGUUACAAUAUGGGGAAACUUGUUGUUCCUUCAUUACAACAAGUUAUUGUUCCUACUGACAACAUACUUCGCAAAGUAAUGCUUUAUCCAAUCCCCGAACACCUAGAUAAUCCAGACUGUUACAUUGUCCUUGACUAUAUGCGGAAAUCCUUGCCAAUUACUUGUGAUGAUGUGAAUGUCCCAUUUUAUCCUGAGCCUAAUGAUGUUGCAGUGGUUGCCUGUGCAGAUGGUGAAGACUAUAUUUCACACAUCAUCAGUGUCCAAGAGAGGGAAAAAACAGUCAAACUUCACUAUUACGUAGAAGAUUCUUGCAAUCCUGGAGCUGGUGUGUUCGUAAGGGAAAGUGUUGGACGCAACUCAUUACAAACAGCAAGUUGGGACUGCAUACAGGGUCUUGCUGAAGGACAUUGGCAAGGCAAAGCUUGGAAGGUCUGA